CCGUUCCGGACAGGCGCGAUCUACUUGUAUAUGAUUGGGUGCAGGCACGACGGGAACGACGCACCGUGUCCUACAUGCGGCAGCUACGUUCACCCUCGUAAGUCGCUAGAAUUGGAGUCGCUGUCUGACGACGAAUCCACCACGAUGGACGACGGCAAUGCUGGGUAUGCGGGCCCUUCGGCGCGGCCCUACAUCCCGGCCAGCCCUUCGGCACCGUACACGCCGGAACCGGCCGUGAACCAGAGCAGCAUCGCGGAGGAAAAUGCGGCCCUGGCGGAGGAAAACCGCAAGCUCACCCGUAGUCUGUUGGAACUGCAAGUGGAAACGGAGCGGCUGAAGCAGCAGCAGAACCUCCUUUCUGGGCUAGGCCGACGCCGGGACAGUCUCAGUGGGCUGAGCUCCACCAGCCAGCCUAUGGGCAGUAUGGGUCAGAACAGUCCUGCACCGUCGUAUCGCUCGACAGGCAACUAUACGUCCGGUAUCGUGGCGGAUGUGGUGCGCGAGAUACGUGAUAUCUGCCGCGUCCGGGAGGAUGCCACGUUCGAACGGUUGCGUAAUUUGCAGGAGAACCACAUGUGGUCGAUCAACGAUACGCUCCAGCGCCUGGCGAAGGAUGUCGAUACGAUGCAGAAAUCGAUGAGCGCGGCCCGAGUUGAUCUGGAAAAGCUAACGGGACGUGUUCUGCAGCUGGAAAGCUUGGUGUUGCCCCAGGCGACCGUUUGUCUGGGUGCGCAGCAUAGCCACGCGAUGCCGCUCUCACCGAUGCCGAUGUUCGGUGGGAACGUGCAGCAAGCCUUACUGCUCCAGCAGCUGCAGCACCAACAACAAGCGGGCAACCAGCAGCAGCAGCAGCAGCAACAGCAACAACACUCUCCGCAAACGUCCGCAGCAUCCCAACAGCAAUACCAUUCGUUCGUCGGUAGCGAACGUCCUGUCGUAAGCGGUUCCGGAACAGGCAGCACCAGCAGCACCGUUUCGGGCGUCGGCAAGUCAUUACUCCGACUGAACUACGGCCGCAUCGGUACCACCGAGGAACUGUUCGGGGGUGACACGGCAACCGAGCUAGGAAACGGAACAGCUGAUCUCGUGGGUAUUCCGUCAGGAUCGUCCACCUCGUCCUCGCACGAGGCAUCCUCGCGGGCGCUGUUGCUCGAGAAAGGCGAAGUGGAACUUCGACGAAACCUCCAGGAUGCAAUAGCGGCCAAAAACGAGCAGUCGCAGAAGAUCGCUCACCUGCAGAAGGUGGUUUACGCGCUGCAGAAGAAGGUCGAUUCGCAGGCGACGGACGCGACUAGCUUGGGUGGCGGUGGAGGCAUCGGUGUGAUCGGACCGGUAACCGAUUUGUAGAUACUGUGCCAUACCUGCAACCUUUAUCUGUGCCCAACCAAUGGGGCAACCCAGCAAAUCCGCCCGUUUCCAGCGCAGUGGUCAUAACGAUGGACUUGCUGGAGGCAAUAGGGACUUCGACCACCUCAAUCUAACGGUUGCGAACACCAUGCGGCUGAAUUACGGGUUAAAACGUGUUACUCAGCGGGAAAUGUGGCGUACUUAAUCAGGCGCGUGCGUCAAAACCGCGCGCUCUUCUCGUAGAAUAGCAAUAAGAGUAGGAAGAACUGAACAAACGGUAAAAGACAACUAUAAGAGACUAAUUUAUCACAGCAUGAGGCCUUAACAGAGGCCUUAAAAUCGACUGCAUUUCAGUCGUAAUAUAGGCGGUAGGAGUUUUUUAGUUACCGAGAGGCACCUCCUUCCUUACCUUACUCAAAUACUCCCCAUAUCCUCUUCUUAACCGUGUGCCACCCUUCGAGUGAGAAUGAAAGUAAUGUUGACUA